AUGAAUAGACUAUUUGGCUCAAAGAAUAACGUCCCUAAACCUACCCUCAAUGAUGCCAUUGGUAACAUUGAAGAACGUGUCUCUUCUUUAGAUAUUAAGCUUUCUAAAAUAAAUGCAGAACUUUCAGCAUAUCAACAAAAGAUGAGUCGAAUGAGAGAUGGUCCUGGUAAAAAUUCUAUCAAACAAAGAGCGCUCAACUUGUUGAAACAAAGAAGACAGAUUGAAGCACAGAAGGAUCAAUUGGAAUCACAAAGUUGGAACAUGAGUCAAGCUCAAAUGACUACAGAUAACCUGAAAAACACUAUGGUUACCGUGGAUGCUAUGAAACAAACCAAUAAACAGUUAAAAAAGACAUAUGGUAAAAUCGACGUGGAUAAGAUUGAAGAUCUUCAAGAUGAAAUGCUUGAUUUGAUUGAAAAAUCUAAUGAUCUACAAGACGCUUUGGCACAGAGCUACGAUGUCCCUGAUGAGAUAAGUGAAAGUGAAUUGGAUGCUGAGUUAGAGGCACUUGGUGAUGAGAUUGAUUACGAAAACGAAAUGAGUGAAGCCACUGGCGUUCCAAGUUAUUUGCAACAAGAUAGUAAUGUUCCACAGUUUAUCGAUGAGCCAGUUGAUGAUUCAAAG